AUGUGCAUCGAACUACACACAAUCUCAACCUGCGGCCACGCCGACAUCCCUUGGUUACAAAAGUGCAAAGCCUACAACUGGACCCUUGGAGCAUGCGCCGAUGAAUUUUCAGGUUCAGAAGAAAGGAAACUGACAACGAGAUAUUCUGCGACAGAAUGUGAAGCGUGCACGAAGGUUGCGAUAGCUAGAAGUGUGAUGGGCAAGAAGGAGGAGGUGAAGGUGAAAAAAGGUGAGCUCAGCUCAGUUUAGUGGGAGGUGAGUUUCAGUAGGAGCUUUUGAAAUGUAUUAAGUUCUCAAGCUAAUUUGGGGAAUCCAGUCAGAUUUCUCCUUGCAGUGAAAUCAUACGCACGAAAAUCGAUAGACUAG